AUGGAACCAUCUCCACCACUACCGCUCUUGCCUCCACAACCGACGUCCAUGGCGGCGGCUUCCGCAGCAUCACGCUGGAAGGCGGUAGCCGCGCGAGAUGCGUCCAACAACACCUUUGUCUACGCCGUCCGCUCGACACGCAUCUACUGUCGCCCAUCAUGCCCGGCGCGCCUCGCGCGGCGGGCAAACGUCGAAUUUUUCGACACGCCCGCACAGGCCGAGUCGGCCGGGUACCGGGCAUGCAAGCGUUGUCAGUUUGACGUCGACGUGAAAGAUGAUCCACGGAGUCGACUGGUCCAGCAGGCACGUGACACCAUUGCUGCAGCUGUCCUUUCAUCAUCGCCAUCGGGCCGUCGAAGACCUAGACUGCAGGAGCUCGCAGCCGAGGCGAAUUUGACGCCGAGUCACUUUCAUCGUGUGUUCAAGAAGAUCGCCGGGGUGACGCCACUCCAGUAUGCACGGGCCGUGCGAGAUACAGCGAGAGCUAGCAAAGAGGCGGAUAAUGUGGACAUUACGGGAGAGAGUGAUGCCUUGUUUCUGCAAGAUGCGGACGGUUUAAAUCACUGGGUCGAUCUUUGCCAGGCACAGCUAGACGAUACGAUCAUACCGGACAACGAUUUCACCAUGGACGAUCUUAUUGACUGGAAUCACUUCGAUGACAUGAUAAUAGCUGUAAAGGAAUCUGGUGCUCUGGGUCUGGAGUUGGGCACAUGA